AUGUGUAUUUCAGCAGUUACCAUAACUCACUGGUACAAUAUUUUAUUGAGCCUACACCAGUUAUGCAAUCCAUUCAUUUAUUCUGUCAAGGUAAUCCAUUCGACAAGCAUACAAGCAGCUAAAUUGUGCGCUGUGAAAGGCCCAAAAGAAAAAACACACACAAGGAUGCGUCAGACUCUGCUAUUCCUGGUGCUGCUGCUCUGCUGCGUCUCUGGUUCUGUUGCCGUCGCUGCGCAUCGCUGCAUCUCCGAAAAAAUUGAAAAAAAGGUUGGACCACGGACAACAGCAGUGGUGCUAGAGCUGCCAACUCGGGGAGGUGGCAUGAUACGGGCGCUGACUGCCUCGGCUCCCGAAUGGGCGCCCAUCCGCUUUCAGUUCUUCACAGAGGAUCUGAACGAUCCCUCAAGAUACUGCACCGCCGAGGGGCAGAUUCGUCCGGACUUUACUGGGGGAACUCUUGAGUGUAAGGGAGAGGAUAUUUUAACGGAAGAGAAAAAGUCCAUCAUAUUAAAAUCCCUUGUUCCCCGAGCACUUAAAAUGCACGCAGAUCGUCUCCUUGUUGAACCUCUCACGGGCAGGGUUAUUGUACCAAAGUACUCGUCAGGUGUAUGCGCUCAGUUUACAAUACCCAGCUCUCACCACACAGUGGGUGUUUUCGGUGCGGACAUGUACUUGUAUGUCUCCGCUGGCCCGACACAGGAUUCCACUCUUGCGUGGGCUCAUUUUUGCACUGAAUUACCCGAUGGGCGUCCUGUUGUUGGUGUGAUGGAUUAUGGCCCGAGCUCUGUCACUGAUUCGGAGUACGGUGUUCGUGCUUUAGCGCAUGAGAUUGCACAUGCUCUUGGGUUUACUCUGGAGAUAAUGGAAAAACGCAAUAUGUUAAAAGAGUUUGAGGGUGUACGUGGCAAGGCAGCAGUGGUCCAGGUGUCGUCGCCCAAGACGGUGGAGAAGACUCGCGAGCACUUCAACUGCGUGAGUGCUACCGGCAUGGAGCUGGAGGACGAGGGUGGGAACGAAACUGCAUUGUCGCAUUGGAAGAGACGCAACGCAAAGGACGAGCUGAUGGCUGGUAUUCCUGGAAUCGGGUACUACACUGCGUUGACAAUGGCUGCUUUUGAGGACACCGGUUUUUACAAGGCCAAUUGGGGAAUGGAGGAACCGAUGUCAUGGGGCAACAACUCCGGCUGCGCGCUGCUGACGGAGAAAUGCGUGAUAAAUGGCGUCACCAAGUAUCCAGAGAUGUUUUGCACCGCUAGAAGCAGCCCUCUUUUGUGCACAUCGGAUCGCCUGGCGCUGGGGCACUGUGCAAUGAAACUCUACGACGCUCCCCUUCCCCCACAAUAUCAGUACUUUCCGAAUCCCAAACUUGGCGGUGUGCCCGAUCUUUUAAUGGACUUCUGCCCUUACAUUCGACCGAAUAUCAAAACUAGGUGCAGUAACGGGGAUAAGGCCCUCAUGCGUGGGAGCCGCGUUGGUCCGAGAUCAAAAUGUCUAAAGGGGGAUGGACUUGCUGAUUCCGAGGGUUUUGUUGGUGAUGUGUGCGCUGAGGUGUCGUGUGACAAGGGCGAGGUGAGCGUGCGGUACCUUGGAGAUGAUGCGUGGCACAAAUGCCCGGAGGGCAGCAGUAUUACACCAACUGGGCUGUUCAUGAAAGGGAGGAUUUUGUGUCCAAAGUACGAUGAUGUAUGCAUUUUUUUCGAUACAAUUAACGGAGGUGGAGACGCGAGCAGUUUGCUGUCAGCUUUUCCCCCGAUUCCAUUGGUUAUGCUGCUUCUUAUUUUUAUUUCAAUGUGUUAA